UAUUAUUUGUUUAUUUAUUAAAUUACCCAAAAAUGUCGCUCUGGAAUUUGAGAAUUGCCGAUAAUUCUUCUCAAUUUUUACCUGAUUUUCCUCGGAAAUCAUAUACCAAAAUUGACCCAAUGGGUAAGUUACAUGUUAUUUACGCUUUAGAUAAUGGUCAAUCCAAAGCUGAUAUUGCUCGAGAAUAUGGUGUACAUCCGCAAACCAUCGCGUAUAUUUAUAAACAAAAGGAAUCCCUGAUUAAAAAGUAUAGACAGAAAUAUAACCUCUUAAAAGAAGUAUAUUGCGUUAAUAUGGAUCAAACCCUAAUGGAAUGGCUUAAAGAUCAAGUUAAAAAUGGACAAUUUGUUAAUGAACAAGAAUUACGUGAAAAAGCUCAAGAGAUAGCUUCGACUUUAACAGAGGACUUCAAUUGCAUUGAUGACUGGUUAUCUGAUUUUCGUGUGAGACAUAAUAUUUCAAAAUUUAGUUCUGAUAUAGAAUGCAGUCUGCAAGUGAAGGAACAAUGGAUAGAUUUUAUAAAUGAUUUAGAUGUAAAGGACCUGUAUAUUGGUGGUAUUACAGCCCUAUCACACGAUUUGGAUUUUGAAAGUUAUAUCAAUAGCCAAGAUAUAGAUAAUUAUGUAUCAAUCAUGUGUAUAGUUAAUUGUCUAGGCUCAGAAAAGAAAGAAUUAGCAGUAAUUGGUAAAGAAAUGUUAAAUGAAGAAUUUAACAUCAGAAGUUUACCAGUAAACUAUUAUUAUGAUGAGAAGGCACAAAUGAAUUAUACUGCUAUUAACAAUUAUCUUAAGCAAUGGGAUGAAACACUCACUUGUAAGGGUAAAAGUGUGUUAUUAGCUCUUGAUGUACCUGGAAACAUAAUACAGAAAGAUUAUUUUACCAGUAUAAGAAUAAUUGACUCAAAUAGCAAUAUUUUUAUAAGAAAAGCAUUAGACAAGUUAGUAGAAUGUUUUAAAUUCAAUUAUAGAAGAUUGCAAAUAACAAAAAAAGUUACUUAUGGAAAUGUUUGUAGUCAAUUGUCAUUGUUAGAUUGUAUUCAAAUGAUGAGUAUGGCUUGGUUCUGUGUUUCAAAUAAAUACAUACAUCAACUCUUCUUUCCACCACAAGAUGGAAGUCUCUAUUUUAACCGUAAUGAUGAUUACAGUAAUGGUAACCACAGUUUGUCUCAGUGGUGUAAAUUGUUUAAUAUACCAAUAAAUUUUGAAUUGUAUUCUGAUUUAUUGGACAAGUAUAUUUCUUGUGACAAGUCAUUAAAAUGUUUAAAUUUAUUGCAAUCUAAUGACAGUACACAGAGUGUUACUGAGCUUCUAUCACAAAACAAACCACAGUCUGCAUCUGGUAUAGAAGCUUACCAGGCUAUGAAAAGGCUAGUCUCCUAUUUACAGGGUGAGAGUGCAAAUCCAUCUGAAAUGGCAUCUGCUAAAUAUUUAGAAAGUCAUACUGAAUUUGGUGCUUUAUUUGACAUACAUCAAUUUAUUGCUAGCACCAAUGAAUCGGAAUCAGUUAAUGAAUGA